UUAAGCCGCCUAUGAUUGUUUACUCAUUGAAGUUUGGAUAAAAACUUGAUAUUUACACCUUUAAAAUAGAGAUUAUUAAUGGUUUUAUGAAUAUAAUGGAGCUAACGUCUCUAUCCUAAACUCUUAAUAAAUAUGGGUUGAUAAUAUGCAUUGUGUAGGGUUGUUAAAUUAAUUCAGAGGAAAAAUGCAUAUCUUGUGCACAAUUUGUAGUGACUUGGUGAAUCAAACGGAGAACAUACAUGUGACAAAAUGUGGUCAUAUAUUUCACUAUGAUUGCUUACGUGAAUGGAUAUCAAGAUCAAAAACAUGUCCGCAAUGUCGCAACAAAGUAACAGAUCGUUGUAUGUUCCGUCUGUAUCCCACGAUAUCAAACGACCCAACGGGAGUUGAUGCUACAACUUUACAGUCUCGACUUGACGACGCUCUGUUCAAACUACGGGAAAAAGACGCUAAACACAAAGAGCAACUCGAUAAAUUAGCAGAAUCCGAAGCAAGCCUUAAAACAAGUUUACAGUCAUUGGCAAAGUUACAAAAAAAAUUGGAAAGCAAAGAGUCGGCAAUAUCAGCUCUCACAGAACAACUAGCAUAUCUCAAAGUACAAAACCAAGAGACAAAUAAAUUGAGAGAAGAAAAUGAAAAUUUAAAAAAGAAAAUACAAACACUGACUGGUUUGCAAAAUGUAUUAAAUGCGACGUGUGAUGACGUAGAACAAAUGUUACAAGGCUACACAGAUAUACGGACCGUUGCAACAUUUGCUUCAGCUCUGAAAAGAGCGUUAUGUGAUACCGAGAACAAGAAAAACGAAUCUCGUGACAAAUUGCAAGCUGUCAAACAGCAGUUAGCCGCUGAAACAGACCGUGUCGCCGAUCUGCACCAUAAAUUAUUAAUAGCAGAAGAAAAACUUGCCGCAGUCAAACAGAAAUAUAAAGAUAUCAAACUCAAGAGAAAAGCUCGGGAAGUUCCCAACAAAUCCCUUAUAAACGACUUAAAAGAACCCCCCGAGAAAGAAAUAAAACCUAAUGAAGACUUGAACGGCGCUAGCGUUUUGAAUGAUACUAAUACAAGCUUAAAUAGCUUAGUAAACAGAAUAGAAAAUGCAGGUUCGCCGUACUUAAACCUAAAGCAGAGCAAUUUAGCUUUAACUACAUUACAAAGACAUCCAACACAUCCAUUACCUGAGAGAAACCUAAAGCCCUCAGAAUAUGCAUUACUAAGUUCAGCUCGAAACGUCACAAGCAAACCAACCAUACCGAGCACAUCGAAAACAAGCAUAUUUCAUAAAAAAGAACCACCAAAGUUACAAUUUUCACAAGAAAACGACCCCAAUUUAAGUUUGGCAAACAUAUCAUACGACGGUCUCGGAGGACACUCAAAAUUAGAUACGUUCCCUGUUCCAAACAAAAGACAGCCUCAAUGGCAAAGUUUUGUUCCAAAACUAUCGGCGAAGCAUAAAUUAAAACGACCCAAUCCAGUUGGUAAUCACGAUAUAAGCAUAAUGUUACAAAAGAAGAACAAGACAUCUAAUUAAAGAUAAAGAAAA